AUGUACAAUGGAAAGAAGACAGUCUCUUCAAGAAGUGGUGCUGGGGGCCCCUCAGCUGCACCUCAACCCCGCUGCGCCUCGGCCCAUGGCCGCCUACCCGUGCCGCCCGGGCCUGGCAACUGCCCUGCCACGGGUGCCAUGCUGCCGGACCAGAGCUUCCUGUGGAACGUCUACCAGAGGGUUGAUAAGGACAGGAGCGGUGUGAUAUCUGACAAGCUUCAGCAAGCACUGUCCAGUGGCACCUGGACUCCGUUUAACCCAGUGACUGUCCGAUCGAUCAUAUUCAUGUUUGACAGAGAGAACAAGGCCGGCGUGAACUUCAGUGAGUUCACUGGCGUCUGGAAAUACAUCACGGACUGGCAGAACGUCUUCCGCACAUACGACAAGGACAACUCAGGCAUGAUCGACAAGAAUGAGCUCAAGCAAGCCCUCUCAGGUUUCGGGUACCAGCUCUCUGAUCAGUUUCACGACAUCCUCAUUCGGAAGUUCAACCGACAAGGCCGGGGGCAGAUCGCCUUCCACGACUUCAUCCAGGGCUGCAUCUUGCUGCAGAGGUUGGCAGAUAUAUUCAGACGCUACGAUACAGACCAGGACGGCUGGAUCCAAGUGUCAUAUGAACAGUAUCUGUCCAUGGUCGUCAGCAUCGUAUGA